AUGAACGAACAUAUCUCAAUGCGCGUCAACUCCGCCCGUCUUGCCGGAAUGAAGGGAAAGACAGUCCGUCUCCCCUGCAAAGUACUCCGACUUUCAGAUGACACUGCCAUCGUCGAGGCGAGUGAUGGUGGCCAGGUAGAGAUCCAAAGGAAGAAUGUGGAUGUGACUGCCACCUAUGUCGAGGUCAUUGGAAGUGUGAUAGACGCGUCUACAAUAAAGGCCUUGGCGACACUCCCAUUGGAUUCAGAAGGCGAGCUAGGUAUGGUUUUCAAUAGAUUGUACUACCUUGCUCGUUUUCAUUCCAGUAAUAUAGAUAUGCAACUGGUUAACGACGUGAUUGAGCUCACGUUUGAACCAAGGUUCGAUAAGCUCUUCCCUCGGUACAAAGAAACAGUCUAGCAUGCCUACACAUUGAUUGUCGACCAGCAUAUAUAAAAAAUUCUUUCUGUUGUAUUUUACCGCACAUUGCAUUACAUGAAUUGAGAAAGCAUCUCCCAUACAUCGCCCCCUAUGCAUCAAGGUGGACCGGCUUUGGCCAUCUUCUUAUCAUGUCCCCUUUUCCGAUUGUGGUUCCCUCUGCUAGCUUUGUUCUUGUCUUUCGAUGCUCGCUCUCUCGCAUCACCACUAUCUCCAGACCCUCGGCCGCGCCCCCUCCCUCUCCCCGACCCGCGCGCACCCCUCCCUCUUCCGUGAUUUCCACCGCGGGAUGAUGACCCAGAACCAGUUGCAUUUCCAGUCGUCGACAAAUCUACUAUUCUAUUCCCAGAAAACUCGUGUUUCUGCAAAAUCUUGUCCUUUUUU